AUGGACGUGCCGCCAGUCAAGCUGUCCGAGCUGCUCCGGCACCCAGACGACCUCGACAAGAUCGCGGGGCUCAAGGCCGAGUUCACGCGCAAGAAGGCCGCCGUCGACUCGCAACUCCGCGGCGGCCUGCGCGAGCAGCUCGAGACCACCCAGGCGGGCAUGAAUGGGCUGAGUGAUGGCCAGAAAACGGUGCAGCAGAUCAAGGACGAGAUGAUCAAGAUUGAUAAGAUCUGCUCGGAGUCGCAGAAUAUGAUUACGGAUUUUGCGACUAUCAACUUGGUGUCGCAGGCGCAUCGGAAUUUUGGGGCGGUGGAGACUAUGCGUCGGAAUCUGGAGACUUUUAAUGAUCGGCUGAGCGCCAUCCAGGAGAUGCUGCGGCAGGAUGAUAACGAUGCUGAGAAUAUGCCGAAUUUGCUGGCUGUGCAUUACGAGUUGACGCAGCUGCGGAACAUUCGGGACGAUGCUAUCGAGCAGAUCCAGCGGGCCGACGACCCGGGGUUGCAAUCGACGCUGGAGGACUACUUUGAGCGGCUGGACAAGGUUAUUGAGUGGUUUGACGAGCAUAUAAGUUUGAUCGCGAGGAGUCUGGUGAAUUUGGUGGUGGCGGACAAUACGAGUUUGGUGGUGCGGUUUGCGCUGAUUAUGGAGGUGGAGGAGAAGAGCGAUCUGAGGGUGCUCGCGCUGCAGGAGGCGCUCAAGGACCACAAGGAGAUUGCUACGCGGUUUCAGAGCAUUACGGACGGUGCCAAGACGGUGCGCGGGUACAAGGACAAGUUCCUCGAGAGCAUACGCAAGAUUGGGGAGGGCCAGUUUGAGCAGAGCAGGGGGGAGUUUUUGGAGGACCCGGAGCAGCUGGAGAAGAGCCUGCGGUGGUUCUUUAACGACCUCAACACCGUCCGGCUGGGGAUGGUGCAGUUGAUGCCGAAGAAGUGGAAGAUUUUCAAGACGUGGGCGGAUAUUUAUCACGGCAUGAUGCACGACUUUUUGGUUGGGCUUGUGGAUGACAAGGAGGUCAGCUCGGCCCACGCGCUGGUGAUUGUGGGCUGGCCCGAGAAAUACUACCGCAAGAUGACCAAGCUCGGCUUCAAGCAAGAAGAGCUCACCCCCCACGUCAUCGACAACCGCGAAACAGAAAUCGUGCGCGACUUCCGCGCCCUCAUCAUCAAGUUUUUGGACGAGUGGAUCGGCCGCAUCUGGGCGAUGGAAACAAAAGACUUCGCCGACCGCAACGUCGAAGGCGGCAACCUCGACCAAGACGAGUACGGCUACUUCCGCAACAAGAACGUGAUCGACCUCUGGCGCAUGCUACGCGGGCAGCUCGACGCGGCCGCCAACUCCAAGCGCGCCGACGUCGCCGAGGGCGUGGUAGACGCCAUGUUCCAGCGCCUGCGACAACGCCAGCAGUCAUGGCAGAAGAUGCUCGAGGAAGAAGCAGCGCGGUACGAAACCGGCAAGGUCGUCGAUCUGGAAGGGUUCCAACCACUCCAAGACUGGCUGGUAGCCACAGCCAACGACCAAAUCGCGUGCAUCGACGACAACGAGGACGAAGGCCGCGUAGCCUACCUCACCGACUUCAAAAAGAAAUUCACCCCGAUGGUAUCACCACAAUACAUGGACCGCGCCGAGGCCGAGGUCGCCACCCUGCGCGACGGCUACCUCGACCUCAGCACCUGGUGCAUCACCAAGUUCGCGCAGCUCGUCUUCACCGUCGACUUCAAAACCGUCAUGCCCGACUUCUUCACCCCGCGCUGGUACACCAGCACGGCCAUGGCGCGCAUGGUGGCCACACUCGAAGAAUACGUCGGCGACUACCGCCAGGUGCUGCACCACUCACUAAUCGACAUCUUCAUCGAGAUCUUUGCCGACGAACUACUAAUCCGCUACCUAUCCUCUGUACGCAACAAGGGCGCCAAGUUCCGCCGGUCCGACCAGUUCCAGGACAAGAUCUUUGACGAUCUCAAGACGGCGUUUGAUUUCUUCAAUGGUUUACCCAACCCGGCGGUCAGCCACGCCAUCAAGGAGACGUGGCGGGUGACAGAGCCGUUUUUGCAGCUGUUGUCGGUGGAGAAGGAGGGCGUGCCGGAUACGUUUGCGGCGUUUAAGACGGCGUAUUGGGACUUGCAGAUUAGUUGGGUGGAGGCGGUGCUGCGGUCGAGGGAUGAUUUUGAAAGGAGUAUGUUGAAUGCUGUUAAGGCGAGGGCUGCGCAGAUGGAUGUGGUGAGGGGGCCGGAGACGGUUAUGAGUAAGGUGAAGUGA